CGAAAAAAUUUUUUGGAGACUGGAGACUGGAGACGGGAAAAUGGGACGAAAAAAAUGUUUUGGGCGACAAAAAAAGGACGCUCAGUCCCUUUUUUCUUUGCUGGCAGAGGGACGAAAUAUCUGGGAAGGGACAGGGACGGGGACGGAAAUGACGAAAUAGGACGUUUUGAGACCAAAAAAGGACGUUUUUGGGUCGACGCAAAAAGGACGCAAAACCAUGGCCCUAACCCUAACCCUAACAUUAACUCCUUUUUAAGGGACACUAAACCCUACCACACAAUGAGAGCACUAUCGUGGGUUAUUGUGAUACAUUUAACAACUAUAUGGGACUCUGUGUAGUGUCAGGGUUUGGGUUAACACAAUGCAUCAAAAUUGGGGCAUCAAGGGACGUUAUGUCCCUCAAUGUCCCAAACCUAGGGUUUUAGUUUUUGGGCUCUUUCCUUUUAGUAUGUCAUUUCUAACAAUUGUAUGUACACAUGGUUGCGAUGUGGGGAGAGGAGGGAGUUUAUUUGGGAAGAUAAGUCCCUAAAUGUCUCAAACCUAGUGUUAUAGUUUUUGAGCUCUCUCCUUUUAGUAUGUCAUUUACAACACUUGCAUGUACACAUGAUUGCGAUAUGGGGACAGGGGGGAGUUUAUUAGGGAAGAUAAGUCCAUAAAUGUCUCAAACCUAGGGUUAUAGUUUUUGAGCUCUCUCCUUUUAGUAUGUCAUUUGUAACACUUGUAUGUACACCUGAUUGCAAUAUGGGGAGAGGAGAGAGUUUAUUAGGGAAGAUAAGUCCCUAAAUGUCACAAACAUGGAGUUUUAUUUUUUGGGGCUCUCUACUUUUAGUAUGUCGUUCUUAAACACUCGUAUAACACGUGGAUGCAAUAUGGGGGAGUGUAACACUUUAUUAAGCAAGAAAGUUAUUUUUCAUAAAAAAGGUAAAGGGUGGUUGGUGUGCAUCAUUUCCAAUUGGACUAAGCACAUGUCAAGUGUCAGGAAACUAUUAACAAGACUUUUGAGACGUCUGUGUCUUCUAAAGAUUCUGUAAAGUUCUGUGACGUUCUGUGAGGUCUGAGUUGAGGAAGUGGAAGCUAUUUUGAGAAGUCUGAGUGCUGGAGAGAGCCAUGUCUGCGGAACAGGAGAUACAGAGGUUGAUGACGUGCAAUAGAGUUCUUAUGAGGCAUGUUAGAGAAUGCCACAUGUUAGAGAAUGCCACGAAAUCAUUGAGAGCCUGGGAGAUUUUAUUCCACAAGAGGCACGAGAACAACUGGCACCCAUUUUUUCUGACGUUGGCUGCCAGACGAACUUUGGUCCACCUACAACAGUAGGUUGUAGACUACGGAACCCACCCUCUAUGGAAGUCAUUAGGGUGAUGAAUGCCCACUGGGACAAUCGAAGCGUAAGUCCACACUUGGCUGCCGAGACUCCUACAAGCGUCCCUGAUGAACUGAAGACCCCUACCACUAGCGUAAGUCCACACAUGGCUGCCACUCAACCUAGCGUAAGUCCACUCUUGGCUGCCCAGAGAGUCCCUCCUACCACUAGCGUAAGUCUACACUUGGCUGCCGAGACCCCUACAAGCGUCCCUGAUGAACUGAAGACCCCUACCACUAGCGUAAGUCCACACAUGGCUGCCACUCAACCUAGCGUAAGUCCACCUAGCGUAAGUCCACUCUCGGCUGCCCAGAGAGUCCCUCCUACCACUAGCGACACCACCCCUAGUGUGGCCGACCCGACCCGUCUACGAAGGGUCAGCAGUGUCUUCUCUACCAGUUCUUUGUCUGGUGAUGAUGGUUAUUAUUACCUGAAUGCAGAGGAACCUACCGUGGACAAUGAGACACAACAGAUGGUAAUCAUAGAGGCACAAGAGGUGAAGGACGAAGAGGAGGAUGUACCCACCCUUGAGGAAGUGCACGCCGUGCCUCCAACAACUCUCUCUCCCGUCUCUCCUACUCAAACGGUACAACAGACACCCACCCUUGGGGAAGUGGACAUGUCCGAGUCUGGUUCCGAGUCUGGUGAUGAGGCUGACCCACAGACCUUAGAGGAAGAUGAAACACCCAGGAAGAGGAAGAGGAAGCAGAGGGUCGUCAUCGUCCCUGAAAAGGAGAGAAAAGUGACACCCAAAAGGUACAAGAAGUGGUGUCCACUGCCUGGAUGCAGGUCCAAACCACAAGUGAAGAUAUCGCAGCACCUGAAGAAUAUGCAUCCAGAACUUACUCACUCGGAUAGGAUGACGGCCUUGAGAAACGCACGCAGGUACCUGGGAGGAUCGUCCGGGCCUGUCCAGAAACCGGGGCAAACGGCUAUGGACUCCUUCUUGGAUCGUCAAGAGGAAUCCUCCUUUGAGGAGGAACUCCCUGUCGCACCAAAGACCCCUGUUAUAGUGCCGACAGGGAGAACCACCCAGCUUCUCCGCUACGAUGUGGAGACGGAACAGACGUUGCUGGAUUUUAGGGGGUGGCUCCAGACAGUGGACGGGUGAAUGAAGGCAGCGUCCACGGCACUCCAGGAGGCUCGAGAUGUGGCCAAGUUCCUCCACGCCGAGAAGGCCAAGGGCGAGCCAAUUGAUUGGUCAGUCUUCACAUCCAGGGACAAACUGAACAGGUAUGUAGAGCUUCUCAAGAAGUGCAACCUCCAGGCUUCUGGAAUCAUCCAGAACCUGGAGUACUUCGAGGAUGCACUGAAGUUUUAUAGGAUCAAGAUGGUCAGCGUAGACUCAACACAAUUCCGGGAGGCGGAGAAUAUCUCUGAAGUGUUGAAGAACUGGAGGGCUGUGCUACGAAGAGACGGCUACAGUCCACAACAUGGAAAGGCAAUCAGACGGCCCAAGAAUCUCCCUCAAAGCGGCAACUGACAUCCUUAGCAACACAGCGGUUUGGGAGUUCUUCGAAGAAACAGUUACAAAUCUCCAGCUUGGAGGUCUAGUAGACACCCAAAAACUGGAUGCAAUCACAUACAUCCUAGCACAUGCAGUGAUGGUAAACUCCUCGCAGCGGCCUGGUUCAGUACAGAACCUGACGCUCGAGGAGUUUAAAGAGGCGAGACAGGAAAAGUCUACGGGAGGAGAUGUGUGGGUGCUCCGUGUCCACAGACACAAGACCCAGACACACACAGGGCUCCGCACACCUUAUACUCACCGUAGACCUGAUGGGCAAGAUAGGAAAUACCUCGAUCAUGUUAGGCCGCAACAAGUCAACGUUAACCCAUCCGACGCUUUUUUCCUCCGGAACGGAGGGAAAAAGCUGGAACAUAUGUUUUUUUUUUUUUUUUUUUUUUAAACUCACUGUUUAUUGUUUUAUGUUUCACUGUUUUGUCGUUGUCUACCCAAACACUCCUUACAAUUGUGCUCAUUUUCUGGUUGUGUUAUAUAUGAUCAUUUAUGAUCAAUUUUUAUUGGUAAGUAGUUCAAUUUGUGAGUGUCAGCAGCAAAAUGACAUAUUUAAGGGUCACAAAAGAU